AUGGCUCACGGAAAUCGUCAUCGCCAUGGCGGCCACGGCCGCCAAGGACGCCAAGCUUAUUUCAAACUGUCUACUAAAGAUUCGAAGCAAGCUCAUCUAUUCUCUAUCAACUACGAGAAGACGAGCGGCCUUCUCGAGAAGCUGAAGAAGAAGUUGACCGACUACAAAGUGGACUUUGCCAAGGUAUUCUGGGUCGACCAGGACAAGGACCAGAUCUUCCUCCAAACUGCCGAGGACCUCCGCGAAGCCAUCAAGUUCUCGCGGUUCGUCGUCAAGUUGUACGUGGACGGAGCAGUGGAGAAGAAGCUGAAGAACGAAUUGAAAGCGGACGAAAACGAAGACGACGACGGCAGCAGCAGCUCGUCGUUCUCGAAGGUUUCCGGAAAGGAAGAGUCCGGAUCGGAUUCGUCUUCGAGUUCGGAAAGCGAGGAUGAAGGCAAAUCGGCGAAGAAGCAAGAGAAACGGGGACGCUCUGUCUCUUCGUCCUCUUCUGGAUCUUCUUCUUCCUCUGGAUCCUCUCGUUCUCCAUCUCCUGGACGUCGCGGACGUGGUUCCCGUUCUCCAUCUCCAGGAGGACGCGGAGGAAGAUCUCCAUCUGGAUCGCGUUCUCCUGGAAGACGUGGCGGACGAUCUGCUUCUGAAGACUCUGGACGUCACGGACCUGGAAGACGUGGACACGGAUCUCGCUCUCCAUCACCAGGAGGCCGUGGACAUCCUCACACACCACCGUCGCCAGGACGCAGAGGACACGGACACCGUCAUGGACGUCGCCCAUCUGGAGAAAGAGGACCCGGAUCCCCUGGAAGCCAUGGCGAAAGAUCUGCAUCAGAAAAGCAGCCAAAGAAACAAGGAACUCUGA